GGCGUCGUUUUCAAAGCGCGUCGUUUUUUUCGAACAACAGCUGUGUUGUUGUCUUGGUACUGAAAAUACAACAGUAACUAGCUAACUGUUUCAUUCAAUAAUUGUGCGGCAAAAUAGACGUAGCUAACGUCAUGCAUUUAUUAUAAGAAGCUCACACUGUACAGGAAAUGGAACAGCUGGAUUUCUCAGAAGAUGAAAUACAACACCAAUUGGAGGCACUUGGUUACAACAACAUACCAAGACACAGACUACAUGAAUUCAAAAGAGAUCUAGAUGAACUGAUCCGACAUGAAAAAUCUAAGAGCCACUCGUCCAGUGAAUUGAACUCGACAAGAUCUCAAAGCACCAUCUUCAAAAGUCCUCCUGCAGUCACCAAGGUUAAAGUUCAUCAGGAUAACACCGCAGCCUUCAGAAAUGUGUUUGCGCAGGCUGGUCCAUCACACCAUGAAAGACGGGUGCUAACCUCCACAUACAGCAGAGACAACAGUAACUAUGGUGCCAGACAGGAGUAUGACUCCUACACUCAGCACUCUGUUGCCCCCAAGUACCAGCGCCCCUCAACAGCCCCUAAUAGGCUGGAAGUGGAUCCAGACCUAACUGACCUCCAGCAGUUAUCGUUCACUGUCAGUCAGUCGUCCACACCAGACCGAGACACAGGAGCGCAUGGGAGACCCUUUAUUAAGAGGAAAGUCCUUAGGAAACAUCAAGGCCAAGUUCACGUCUGCGAUGAAUCAACACAUAGUGAAGAUUCAGGUGCAGUGAGUGGGCUGGGGGAGCGUCUGGGAGCGAUUCAUGUGUCCAUGUCCACCCACCAGGAGUCGGAGCUGGAGAGUGAGGAUGCAGGCAGUCUGAGUGACAGGUCUGAAUCAGACUGUCUCCCAAGUGCCUUCAAAGCCUACAGAGGCAUGGCCAGAUCUCAGAGCGAUAGUGACAUCAGACCCCGGCCCAAGUCGUUUAUCCGCCCAGUGAUGGAUCACCCUCACACCAGAAGCCUGAAGAAGACCGACCCAGUGGCAAAGUAUUUCCAGUACAAGCAGGACUGGGAAAUGUUCAAGGCACCAGGAGAGAAGGAUAGGAAAGCACUGCACUGGGAAAUCAGGGAACAGCUCGCGUACCAACCUCUACCACCGAAGCCUCGAAGAGUAUUUGUGCCCAACACCUACGUGGUGCCUACAGAGAAGAAACGCUCCGCCCUGAGAUGGGAAAUACGACAUGACUUGGCCAAUGGACUCCUACCGCCAAACAACUAUCGACUCUAGGCAUCAUGUACCUUACGCCUUAAAUAGGCUCUCUUUUAAUCACCAGUUUGCAUAUAUUUUAUCAUUAACAUUAAUUUAUUCACAAGUUUUUAUUGAACAUAUUAAAAUGCACGACAAACAUUUGGAUCGUUGAAUAUGUUACAUGACGUUAUUACUUCACCCAGUGCCUUCAAGGCAGGUCAGUGUAGGGGAGUUUGAACGGGUACAGCGGUGUGAAGCGUUCAUCGUGCCAAAGCAGCUUGUUUUCCAGAAACUUCACUGCUUCCAGGGUGAGGAUCAGGACCUCGUGUUUUAGCAUGCUAUGAACGUUCAGGCCUGUAGAAGAAAAGUCAACAGGAAACAUUUGAACUUCACAUUAAUUUGCCCUCGCCUGUGUAGUAACAGUAAAUACAGUUUACAUGGUACUAUGUAACAAUGUUGCUCCUAGAUCAAUUAUACACUGUGUACGAAACAUUAAAAACACCUUAAUAUUUAGUUGCGCGCCCCCCCCCCCCCCCAGAUUUUUUAAAUCAGUGUCAACUUACCUAUGGCUGGAAUGACAUUCACAGUCUUCAAGCUCUCAGUGGCCUGAAGGAUGUUCUCAGGAAGCUCUUCACCCCUGUAAAAUAUCGAAGACUCAAUCCUCAGCUAGGAUGUCCACAGAGGUUUUUUCUCUCUUUCACUGCUGAUACUUACGCAUCCACUAUCAAAACAGACUCCCCCCAGUGUCGGUAUCUGAUGAGGUCCAUGAGGUACUGUGGGUCAGGUGUGGGGAUGUUCAGUGUGUCAACCACAUGGAGAUAAUCCUGAAAAACACCCAACAUUAAUACAGUAGGAAUGUAGAUGGCAUAAUUAAAAAGCAUUCAUUACCAUACAGAGGUUGUUUUUAAGAUGUGAAUGAACUUGUACUUGUGAAAAGUGUUUUCACAAAUAAAAUGGUACAUACCUGG